UCGUGUCCGUAAUCACAGGCACUUGUUUCUGAGAAAAUAAUUUACCCAAUAGUAUAAUAUAUACUAUAGGGUAAAAGUUUUCUCAGAAACAAGUGCCUGUGUCCGUAAUGUAGGCUUCUGAGAAAUCUAAAAUGAUUUAUAAAAGAAUGUUGCAGUAGAAAGAAAUAGGAAUAUGUUGCACAAGACGCCAUUUCCUCACAGAUACCAACAAUGGGCUUUUGAUCUGUCAGAAUUCAUCCUUAGGCCGGUCCUCUUGAGGCUCAGUGAAAUUGUGUCCAUUUUUAUCCCAACCACCCAUGAACGGAAUCAUGUAGUAGGGCUAAUGCACUACCUCCAAAACCUGUCCCUCCUACCUCUGUAUCUGAGCAUACUGAUUUGUCUUCUAGUCCCAGCAAUAGUUGCUUUCUUCUUGCGGUGUCUCCUUCAUUUAUACAGAAAUUCCUACAUUCUCUCAGUAAGAUUAAAAGAUCAUGGACAAACAGAUGCAGAUACCUCAACAUGUCAUCAGAAAUGUCAUAGAUACAAUAUCUCGACAAUGAACAUCUGUCUGUUGCCCGAGUUUCUGUCUCGAUUUAACAAUCUCUCUCACACUUCCUGGAGAGCUCAAAAUAUAGGGUGGCGAAUUAUUGCAGAUCAAGAUCAAUCCAUAAUUAAACCCAAAGCACCAAGCUCUAGGGAGCAUAUUCUUACCAACUUUCCCGGGAUGGAUUUUAUUUGUAUACAAGAAGCAUGGCACAGAGACUACAGCAGAUCUUUAGUCAAUGAGCUUCAUAAGAUAUACCCUUGGAUCAUAUAUGAUGUGGGAAACUCGAACCUAUAUAACAAUUACUUUUUAUUUAAUAGUGGAUUGAUGUUUGUCAGUAAAUAUGAAAUACUUGAUGCUUGCUUUAAAACAUACAGUCAUUCUUGCAAACAGUGUUUGUUUUCUGGAAAAGGACUCCUAAUGGUCAAGGUAUUGCUUGAAAAAACAAGUAAAGGUACCAAAGUAGGUUACAUCUUCAAUACACACCUACAGGCAUACCAAGGUGAAACCCCGAUCAUUCAGAAACAAUUAGAUGAAGUGCAACUUUGGACAAAGGAAUUCCGUGCAAUGACCAGUGGUCAAGGUGACAUAGUGACCUUUGACAUCCUGUGUGGGGACUUUAACUUUGAUAACAUAUCACCAGGUGACCAGUGUCUCUCAGAACAUAGACUCUUUAGUAUGUAUGUCGACCCAGCUCGUAAAACUGUGGGUAAGGACCAGGACUGGACUGUAGGUACAGAAAUGAGACAGUCAUGUUUAUGGGAGGCGGAUGUUUCAACCCCAGAGAAAUUUAAGGUGUCUCUAAAAAAUCCUGCAAAACGGAGAAGGUACAUACUUGAUGCUGACGUUGAAGUAGCCACACUCUCUAAUCUUGUGUACAACGCUCAUCCCAAAACAGGGAAAGUAAAUGAGGAGCGUGAUGGAAAACGCAGGAUAGACUAUGUCUUAUACAACAAAGAUGUCAAUGUUAAAGUUGAACAAUAUGCCUUUGUGACCAGAUUGGCCCAAGUGACUGACCAUAUACCAGUAACCAUGACGAUAAGCACUUUGUGAUACCAUGUAUGGAACAGCUUUUGAGAAAACCAGAAUUUCUCACCUGCAGCUAGCAUUUUGUGAUAUUUUAGCAGACUACCUUAAACCUUACAUUAAGAAGAACUAGUUUGUAGAUUAUUUUUUCAUUUUACAAGAAAUCAAUGUGAUGCAAUCUUAUGACAGACAUUUGAGAGAAUCCUGUAGCCAUAAAAUCUGUCAUUUUGUGAUAUUUAACCAAUUAAAGGAUCAAAUAGGGGUA